GCUCUGCAGCUGUUCAGCAUCAGAAACGUGUUUGUGUGCAUGUGUCUACAGCACUGUUUACUUGUUAAACUGUGACAUCCGAGUCUGCAGUUCCAAAGUCUACUAAUAGAUGCGUCAAUGGACAGUCAACACUUUCAAGAGGCUGCUGUUAUAAUGUAGAACUAAGCUGUUCUAACUGAAGAAUCCUCCAGCACCAACAACAGAGGAACACGGAGUGGGUGGUUGGUGGAGCUGCAAAGAUGUCCAGAUGGAGCACGUUCACUGCAGCUGUUGCUACCAUGUUAGGAGCCACUCUCGGUGGUCUGUUUCUGUGGCGCAGCAUCCGUGCUCAGAAGAGAAAGGCCUUAAAGGUCCCCGCUGCGCCUGAGCCCGUACAAGCCCAGCUGGAAGCGGACUUCACCACAACGCAACCCGCAAGACCAGAGCUGACAGCAUCUGCAAACCAGCCUGUGACCGUACCGCUGGUUAGUACACUUAUACAAGUGCCACCGGUGGUCGUGAGCUCUUCAGAUGAGUGGGAAAUGUUCUGGCCAGCGUUCCAAAAGGACCUGUUGGUGUAUCCGGUUCUGGGCCUGGACUGUGAAUGGGUGUCCGUCAAAGCCAAAGCAUCUGCUGUCUCUCUACUCCAGCUGGCGACUUUCUCUGGCCACUGUGUGUUGGUCAGACUGCUUUCAUUUCGAGAAGCACAGCUUCCUCUGCCUAAAGGCCUCAUGGGGGUCCUGUCUGACCCUCAUGUACUCAAGGUGGGGGUGGGAUGUUAUGAGGAUGGAAAGCGUCUGGCUCAUGAUCAUGGUCUGACUCUGGGAUGCACUGUUGACCUGCGUUAUCUUGCCCUCAGACAGAGGCAAGCAGUGCUAAAUAACGGCUUGAGUUUGAAAUCCCUGGCUGCAGACCUGCUGAAUGUUACACUGGAUAAAUCACUAGAACUGCGCUGCAGUGAUUGGGAGGCAGACAUGCUAACACAGGAACAGAUGACGUAUGCAGCACGGGACGCACAGAUCUCCAUCGCUCUUUUCUUUCACCUGCUGGGGCUAAACGUAGAGCCCCGUCUCGAUGCUGAGGGCGAAACUGUGUUUGUGCACCUUGCAUCACGCUGCCAGGGAUUGGUGGAUGUGCCCUUCAGGGGGCGCUGUGGAGGAGAGGGAGAAGAAGGGGAGAGGAGACGACGAAGCAGGAAGUCCACCGCGGAAAGUCCUGAGUCUGGAGACCAGCAAGUUCCAGACCCACGGCAGAACAAACGCAAACCACUAGGAGUUGGUUAUUCUGCCAGGAAAUCUCCUCUUUAUGAUAACUGUUUCCUUCAUGCUCCUGAUGGCCAGCCACUCUGCACAUGUGACAAGAAGAAAGCAAAAUGGUACCUGGAAAAGGGAAUAGGAGAGUUGGUCAGUGAAGACCCCUUCAUUGUUCGCCUGCUGUUUGAGCCCUCGGGCCGUCCAGAAUCACAGAAAGACUACUACCUCAUAGCCAAAGAGAACCUGUGUGUGGUGUGUGGGAAAGCUGAGUCUUACAUCAGGAAGAAUAUUGUCCCACAUGAGUACAGGCGCCACUUCCCGGCUGAGAUGAAGGACCACAAUUCCCACGACAUCCUGCUUCUCUGCACUUCCUGUCACGCGGCGUCUAACGUGCAUGAUGGCAUCCUGAAACAGCAGCUGGUGGAGGAGCACUCUGCCCCGCAAGGCUGCGAAGUGGGCGUUAGGCUGCUCGAGGAUGCAGACCGCCGGCGGGUACGCUCAGCCGCUCGCGCUCUCCUCAGUGCCAGCGAUGGGAUGCCAGAAUCCAGACGGGAGGAGCUCCUGUCAAUCAUCCAGAGCUUCUUCUGUAACAGUCAUCAGGAUGUCACGCAAGAGAUGCUUCAAAGAGCUGCAGCGCUGGAGACCAGGAUCUUUAACGAGAGUUUUGUGUCGCAUGGAGUGAAGGUAGUGCGGGCAUAUGCCGAGCAUGGUCUACCUGGCCUGAUGGAGCUGGAGCGCCGCUGGCGACAGCACUUCUUGACCAGCAUGCACCCCCGCUAUUUGCCACCACUCUGGUCUGUCAGUCACAACCACGACAAAUAUCUGCGCAAGUACGGUGAGGAUCUGCAAAUCCAGCUCAACUGAGCCUAGUUGCUUUAGCAAUGAAGAGACUAUGCUACAACUCCCGAUAGGAAGGUGUCCACUGUGUGGGUAACACCUUGAUGUCCUUGUCCUAAACCCUGUGAUGUCAUUUCAAGUGUGUGCCAGAGACCGUUUCGGCCUUGCAUUGGGCAAGCCCUGGUGUUGACUUCCAGAUGAGAAAAAAAAAGCCGAAGACUAGUCUAGACUGUGGCCCCAUUUUGACUGGGCCCUAAGGGACCAGAUGAAGAUUGGCUAAGAGACUCUUUGGUGAUCUGAAGCCACAGUGAUGAAUGAACGGCGAAACAUUAAACUCUAAAAUGGUGCAAGAACAGAAAUGGUGAUAGGUAAAAUAACAAAAAAGCAAAAUGUGCACACUUUUUAAAAAAAAAAAAAGUUUAAAAUGUGGAAAGGAAUUCUCAUUUCUCUGUGAAAAGUAGAAUUUACUGUAUUUUAACCAGCCCAAACCUGCUCUUACUUCUUAAUCGUGAAUUUAAUAAAAUAUUCAUAGCUUACAAUUCUUGCAGGUUUGUGGCCAUAUUAAAUAUUUUGUUAAGUGUUUAUCAGUUUGCCUUUUUGGGCUAUAGAAUGUGGCAUUUUUUACUUAAAUGCCCGUAAUGGAGCUGAAAAUGUCUAAAAUUUCAGGCUGUUUUUUGUUCACUAGGUUUAGAAGAAAACUCCAUUAUCUUUGAACAACUAACGUUUGACAGGAUUGAGCACUGAUAAGUUUGAGGGUGCAACACGUUAAUCAUCUUUCUCAGUCAGGACACCUCAGACUAGACCAGAACAUGUUUUGGUGUACAAACCCCUGACUAGACAUUAUACAUUUAUCCCAGCGUAAUUGAAGCACCCCUCUUUCAUAGAUCAUUACUACUAAACAUUCCCACUCUGAUUUUUAGUGCCAAUUUGUGUUGAAUGUGCAGUUACAGUCCGAGAGAUUCAGCUCCAUGGAUGGUAACAAAUGUAGAUGGCCAAUUCAAGGACAUUGAAAAGUCUGAGCUUAACACUUCUAAUUUAACUUCAGAAUCACUACAGCUUUUUAUUUACAUUUUUCCAGAUGUAAUGCAUUAAAGCUGCUGUGUUUCCUUAUUGUCAAUAAAGAUUAAUUGUCAU